AAUGUGGGACAGACAGGCGUCGGGGCUGCCUGAAAUGUGCUUACCGCAGCCACUUCGGCUGGGUGACGACUACGUCACGCGUGUGGAAUGCUGUGACGAGUUUCAUGGGGCCUGUGACCAAACGGAUCCUCAGCAAAAGUAGGUUACAGAAGUCAGUCUUUGGAGGCGAAGUAUUUCUUUGAAACUUUCAUUUGUCUCAGACUGAAUUAAACACAAGAUGAGGAUGAUGAAGAUGAGACGUCUGUAGACUUGGGAAAGUCUUCCGGAAUUUGAGAGAGUUCCGUUAUGUCAGGGCCGAGCUGGCUGCCUCCGAGAACCUUAGGUAACCCAGAGAGAACAGCUGUCCCCAUGUCUCAAGGCGGCCCAUCCUUCUACAGGCCCCAGAAGAAAGCCUUGGCUGACCCCAGGCCCAAAUAUGGUGCUUAUGACCAUAAUGGGGGCGCAGGGGGGCCCUCUAGGUACUACGCCACCGGGCCCACAGGUGGCAUGCUGCAACAUCCAGAGGAGCAGGCUUCUGCCAACUUCCGCUCACUGUCCCCUAAACCUGAAGACCAUUAUUACACCUCCCAUCCUCACAUGACGGGCUAUGACCAUCAGGGUCGGAUGCCUGAGAAGCACCACUCCAAUAUAGACGCUGAAAUCGAUUCCUUGACCUGCAUGCUCGCUGACUUGGACAGCCAUCCGCACAGCUCCAGCACGCAGCUUUACGAUAAUGUGCCUUACAACAAGCACCUUGCUGGUGACGCUCGUUACAAGCCCUCCGGCUCACAAGGAGGAGCUCACCCCCAGCCCGCUCGUCCGUCCAUGGGCUACACUCCUCACCCCCAGAGCCAGUACCAUCCCUCCCCUUCGUACGCUGCCGAGCACCAGACCUCGCCGUACAGCGCACAGCAGCUGGACUACCCCUAUCCCUCCCCGUCCUCCACCUCCUCCUCCUCCUCUUCUGCCACUCACCACAAGCCCUAUCCCCAGCCAGUGCCUGCGUCCUACACCACCGCCUCCACGCCCACCGGUCCGCGCUUCAGCGUCCAGGUGAAGACCGCCCAGCCCGUCACCACCUACUCCCAGACGGGCAGGCAGGCAGAGCAGGCCUACACGCCGCCCCCGCCGCGCCAGCACGCCUCCCGGGUCCCGGCCCAGGACCGGGAUCGACCGCCUUACCCGGACCACAUACCGCCACAGCACCAGCAGCAGGGGUGGUACGCCAUGCCCCCCUCGUCUGGCCAAGACAUGCUGGGGGAGGGCAGCUACGCCAAAGGAGGAGCAGAGGGGCCCAUGGGAGUCAGAGGCGUUCAGGGGCCCCAGCUGCCUAAAAAGGGGCCAGUCUCUUCAGGGUCGGUGCCAGGACUAGCCGGUCAGCCCAGUAAGGGAGCUGCGCCCAGGCCUGAAGAGGAGCUCGACCGCCUCACAAAGAAGCUGGUUUAUGACAUGAACCACCCCCCUACGGAGGAAUACUUUGGUCGUUGUGCACGGUGUGGUGACAAUGUUCUUGGAGAUGGCAGUGGUUGCGUUGCUAUGGAGCAGGUGUUCCAUGUGGACUGCUUCACCUGCAUCACAUGCCAUGCCCGACUACGAGGUCAGCCCUUCUAUGCACUCGACAAGAAGAGCUAUUGUGAGAGCUGCUACAUCAGUACUCUGGAGCGCUGCUCCAAGUGCUCCAACCCCAUUCUGGAUCGCAUCCUGCGGGCGAUGGGGAAGGCCUACCACCCUCGCUGCUUUACCUGCGUGGUCUGCAACUGCUGUCUGGAUGGGGUGCCUUUCACCGUGGACGCUACGUCCCAGAUCCACUGUAUUGACGACUUUCACAGGAAGUUUGCUCCACGCUGCUCGGUAUGUGGCCAGCCGAUCAUGCCUGAGCCGGGCCAGGAGGAGACGGUGAGGAUAGUGGCACUGGACCGCAGCUUCCACGUCAACUGUUACAAGUGUGAGGAGUGUGGUCUCCUCCUGUCGUCAGAGGGUGAGGGUCGAGGCUGCUACCCGCUGGACGGACACAUCCUCUGCAAGAGCUGCAGUGCGCGCCGCAUCCAGGACCUCUCUGCCAAGAUCUCCACCGACUGCUGAACGGACUACAGCUACCCUGGACCCUCCCCAACACACCUGGCCCCCCAUUACCAUAACCACACCCUGCCCUCUCUGCCAGUAGUGGCUGACUGAACGUCCGGAGCUGUACAAUCUGUCCAAGGGGUGCGCGUGCGUGCGUGCGUGCGUGCGUGCCUGUGUGCGAGCGAGUGAAAGUAGGGGGGUGGGGUAUUUGAUGAAUGUGCUUUUGAAUAUUCAGACCUCUCUUGCAAUGCUUUGCUGCCUGUUAUAUGUUAAAACUAACUAACCCACAUCAUUGGAUUUUAUGCAGCAAAUAAAUAGCUGAAAACUACCUUAACCUCUCCAUGAGCUGGACUGAUGAGGUAGAGGCAUAUUUUAUGAUAUUUCAGCUGCUCUGGUGGGAAGUGGAGAGCAGGGUGGUGGAAGAAGAAGAAGAAGAAGAAGAUUUGUGAAAUGGAAGAAACGAGGUGCGGUGAAUGCGAGGUGGUGUUGGCGAGUCUCUUGUCGAGUCUCUUGUCACCACUGGAGUAGUGUCUGUUACCAUCGUGACCAGAAACGAGCAAGCAAAAAGUCUAAGCAGUCUUGCUGUGACGAAAAAGGAUUUGCAAGGUGGUAGGACUUGUUUUGAGAGAGAGAGGGAGAGAGACACAGACAGACCGAGACACAGAGAGAGGUGCAUGGUAAAGAGAUGUGUUGAUGAUGAAGUUUUACAGGGAUUACGAGAGAACACUUGAGUGUACAUAGCCCUCACUGCACUGUAAUUAUCCCAAGGCGUUUCAUCGAUGUCAUUGGGAUCCUGUACAUUUACUGGAGCUUAAUGAGUACGGAAAAAAAUAUCCACGAAUUACUGCGUACAUGCUGUACACCGGCUGACUUACUGCACAAGACAAAGGGCAGAUACUAUAAACUAUCACUUAAUAUAGACGUAUAAUGAAACCCAAAGAGAUGGUGGAUUCUGUUUGCGAGAGACAAAGUACAGUUAGCUGCUAGACGUAGGAGCAACUAAUGCAAUAAUAUGAAUGCCUUCCAAACACAGGCACAGAGCUCUGUGUUGAGACCAGCUUGGGGCGACUGUUUUGUUGAUGGGUCUGCAUUUGUUUUGACUGAAAAUGAGUUGUUAGCAGUGAAGGAGGUGGUAUUAUGAAGUGGAAACUUGAUUUGUCUAAUUUAUCAGCAACAAAAUGCAAAAGCCCCCUUUUUGGCCCAGAAUAUGUAUUUUUGACCGGCUGGCAUUUGUUUGCUGUGAUUUCUUAUUUAGAUUGGCUAAUGACGAACGCUGUGUGUGUGUGUGUGUCAUGUUCUUCAUGUGUAUUUUUUGUAGCCAUUGUUACUUCUGAAGUGAAACCAUGUAACUGACUGAAAAAAAACGAUGCAAAAGGCUGGUUUAGGAAUUGGUUUUGAAUUAAUGUGCCAUUUUUAUGUCUCUGUCUUCAAAAAGGAAAACACUUGACAGCAGGAAGUACUCAUAAAGUUGCACAGUCAUUUUUGUUAUUAAUUUAUUGUCUCUCAGGGGAAGUCUUGUGUUCAGACACUGUUAAUUUACAUCAGUUAGGUCAUUAUUUUUCUAGGUCAAUGUUUGUUUGAUUUCUUUUUUUGUCAAAAACUAGAAGGAAUGCAUUACCUUUUUGGUCAUUUUGUAAAUCUUUGUGUCAUGUCCUGUUACGGACUCACUAUCCUGUGAACAUACGAAGAGUUUCGUUGCAAAAUGACGUAAGUGCCAUUUCUGACUUUUGUGUUUAAUUAUUGGAAAUGACUGUCAGAUGUCCUAUCAUCCAUGUGUGAAUUCUUUCCAUUCAAAUGUUUUGAGAACAUACUUUAUAAACCUAAAUAAAUUUCACUUCGCAAUGCAUUGCCCAAUAGAAAAAUGUCAAUAUCCCCAAAAUGUUCCAGGAUGGAUAUACGUCAUUUUGCAAUGAAGCUCUUCAUCCAUUGCUGCCAUGUUAAGUAGAGCACCUUGUGAAGAUCUGCCAUUGUGAACAGCAGUUGAUUCCUUCCAGUUGGAGGGUAGCUUAUUGUUUGCUUUCUGCAUUUGUGUCGAAUGGAUUUGAGUGGCUGUUGAUGAUGAUCAUCUGUACACAAUGUGCUUUACUCUGCUAUUGAAUUGUAGACCCUAUGUAAUACAUAAAAAACGCAAAUUUCCCAAAAGAUAUCUUUUCAUAUUUUUUCACUUUAUUUUUUAAUUCUGAUAUACUGUAUAUACUAUUACUGAUAUGUGACCAAAGCUAAAAAAAAGACAAGUUUCUCCUUUAUGUGUGAGUAAAACAGACAUUGUUUUUGUUUGA